AUGUCGAGUGGCCGAGGAAGAGAAUCUGGAGAAGGAUCAUCAUCAAGAACAGUUUCUGCACCAUCUGAUCAGCAGCAACAACCAGCUCAACUGAGCCGGUACGAGUCACAGAAACGGCGAGACUGGAACACCUUUGGACAGUAUUUGAGGAAUCAGAGGCCACCGGUGUUGAUGCCACAGUGCAACUAUAAUCAUGUGUUGGAAUUCCUUAGGUACCUUGAUCAGUUCGGGAAGACAAAGCCUGAACCACCAGGGCCUUGUGUUUGUCCACUUAGGCAAGCUUGGGGAAGCCUUGAUGCACUCAUCGGACGCCUUAGGGCUGCGUACGAGGAGAACGGUGGCUCCCCCGAGACGAACCCUUUCGCCAGUGGGUCUAUACGUUUGUAUCUGCGUGACGUUAGGGACUCUCAGGCUAAGGCACGGGGCAUACCGUAUAAGAAGAAAAAGAAGAAGAAGAUAAAUCAACAGACGGCUAACGAUGAUACCCCGAACUUUCAGAUGCAGUCAUCUUGA